UGAGGCUGCAGCGAGGCUGAAGUGCUCUUGGCGCUUCGAUCCAGUUCCAUCCAGUCAGUCGGCAACGGCAACUGCUUGACCGCCGGACACGCCAUACCCGCUCCACCCUUUGCAGAGCUGUUGGCUAUGGAGAUUUGAUGAUUCCUGACGAGGUACGAUUCGGUCUCGUGGUGCUAUGGUUGCCGUUGACAUGCAAGUCGGCUCCGAUAGCGAUCCCGGUCAUGACUUCCUCGUCGUCGAUGCUAAUCUCUCCAGCCGUUCGCGGCAUAUCUUCUGCACACAACGCCAUAAGCGGCGCUCUGGGAGGCGUAGGAGGAGGAGGAGGAGGAGGAGGAGGAGGAGGAGGAGGAGGAGGAGGAGGAGGAGUAGGGGGUCUAGGUGGGGGAGGGGGAGGAAGUGGUUGCGCUGGGUCGGCGACAUUGGAGCAUGCGGAAUCGUCGUUUUGCUACUCAGAAGUGCAAGAUAGAAGAGAGAUUAUGGAAACGGAUAGGGAUCUGGAUAAGGUUGUACGGACUCUCCCGGCAGCAGAGCAGGAGGCGGUUUUCCGGCUGUGGCUGCAGGAGUUCGCUUGCUCGCCGUACGAUCGGCCGAAUCUGACGAAAGCGUACGAGCUAUGGCGAUCCAAGGCGCUAGCUGUCGCGGCCUCCUCUGUCGUUGUCAGCGAGGAAUCCUCCUCCUCCUCCUCCUCCUCCUCCUCCUCCUCCUCAUCGUCGUCGUCGUCUCCCCCAUCCCUGUCGCCAGCCAUCCCGACCGAGUUGUCCGCCAAUUCCGACAAGUACGGUUUCGUCCGCUCGCUGGCAGAGCGGAUCGUCGCGGAAAAUUCGCGCGAGGCGCAUCGGCAGUCUACGAAUCCUACUUCCGCUGCUCGACUCGCAGAGGACGUCAACGAAAAAGCUCUUGCAUGGGCUUUCGAACGUACGUCUGCGCUUCUGGCGGAUGCGCUGCAGAGUCGCUGCAGCGUGGGCGGCAGCAGUAGAUGGGACGUUGGAGGAGGAGGAGGAGGAGGAGGAGGAGGAGGAGGAAUGGGAGGAGAAAGAGGUGGUGGAUGGCAGGAGAUAGGAGGGGCUGUUUGUGGAAUCGUGCACAAUGUUCUGCUUCGUGGCGAGACAUGGACGUCGACGAUGGUGACGGGCAAGAAGAACGUGGGGUCGGUGUGUUCUUCAUCUCCUCCUUCCCCGGCGGCCAUAGCCGAGAGAGCAGAGAAGCUCGCAGGCGAGCUAGCCUGGCUGGUCGAUGUCAUGUGCAAGUACUGUUCCUCUCCCGACGCGCUCGAGGAGGUGGCUACGUACUGGAGCAGAGAGUUUCGUCUGGCCGAUGUGGCCAAUGCCACCUGCAUGGCGACGAGAGGAGGAGGAGGAGGAGGAGGAGGAGGAGGAGGAAGAGAAGGAGCUCGAGGGGGGGAUUGCGCUCGAGUCUCUAGCCUCUUGCGCGUUCAAGGGGCUCUGGUUUACGUAACGACGAUGCUGUGGAGAGCUGUUGGCUAUGGAGGUUUGAUGAUUCCUGACGAGCUACGAUUCGGUCUCGGGGUGCUAUGGUUGCCGUUGACAUGCAAGUCGGCUCCGAUCGCGAUCCCGGUCAUGACUUCCUCGUCGUCGAUGCUAAUCUCUCCAGCCGUUCGCGGCGUAUCUUCUGCACACAACGCCAUAAGCGGCGCUCUUGGAGGCAUAGGAGGAGGAGGAGGAGGAAGAGGAAGAGGAGGAGGAGGAGGAGUAGGGGGAGGAAGUGGGAGGAAGGGGGAGGAAGUGGUUGUGCUGGGUCGGCGGCAUUGGAGCAGUCCAGUUGCAGCCGCAGUCGCUCGUGGAAGUGCCCGUCAGGGGAGGGAGUGUCGUGCUGACGAAGCGUCCUACCUGGCGUGCACGGGGGCGGGAAGGGGUGGGCGGGACGGGGGGCGAAGUCGAGGUCGGGCAAGAAGGGGGAAAGAAUCGGGAUCGGGGAAGGAGGGGAGAGAGACCGAAAUCGGGAGUUGGAAUCGGUAUCGGGGGAAAGGAGGUGGCGUUGGGAGUCGGGAAGAAUUGGGAUCGGGGAGGGGAAGCGGGCAAGGAGGGGGAGAGAAUCGGGAUCGGGGAAAGGGGUUGAUCGCGAAUGGAAUUCGGGAUGGGAGUUGGAAUCGGUAUCGGGGGGGACGAGGCGGCGUCGGGAGUCGAGAGGAAUUGGGAUCGGGAAGGGGAGGAGGGCGAAGUCGAGAUCGGGCAAGGAGGGGGAGAGAAUCGCAAUCGGGGAAAGGGGUUGAUCGCGAACGGAAAUCGGGAUUGGGAAGGGAUGAGGAGAGGAAUUGGGAUCGGGAAGGGGAAGGGGUAAGCGGGACGGGAGGGCAAAGUCGAGAUCGGGCAAGGAGGGGGGGAGAAUCGGGAUCGGGGAAAGAGGUUGGCGUCGGUAUCUUAAGGGUGGGGAAGAAAGGGAGGAGGAAGAGGGAGAGGGAUCGGGACUAACGGGGGAAGUCGGGGUUGGAGGGAGGGAAAGAAUCGGGAUCAGAAAAAGGAAACGGCAUCGGGAUCGC